AUUUGUAGAAAAUAGGAGCAAAAUUUUGCACGAUUGCGUUUAUCUCAGCAAUUUAUUGUCAUAAGUAUCGAGCUUCUCGGAUACAUAUCAUAUUUUAUCCUCUUUAUAUUUGUAAUGUGGAGAGAAUUGUUAUUGUGUGCUUUGCACGUGGCAAAUUGCGACGAAGUGCAAUCGAAGCAAGCAAGUGCUAUCGAAGGAAGCGUACGCCUCGCUGCAGUACGUUUAUUGCAGUUUACUAGACGCAUCAUAACGACUGCACUUGAUCACAAUCUAUCGCAAACGAUAUAAUCGCAUAAAUAUUCGCGAGGUUAGUCUUCCUUCGCGGUGUUAGUCAUAGCGAAGAGAUCGACAGUACUGCUUCCAUUUUCUCCGUUCACUUAGAAUCUUCGGUCUGUAGCUAUCAAAUUAUAGACGUGAUAUAUACAUGUAUAGCGCACAUGGAAAAUAAUUAUACGACUUUCAUUUUGUCGUACAUUAGAUGACUCAUAAAGCAAAUCAUAUAUGAUAUAUAUCACAAAUAACCGGACAAAAUACGUAAGGUACUAAUCCCAUACGAGAAGAAGAAUCAUCUACAUAAAGAAUCAUGCCACAGAACGAGUAUAUUGAGAGGCACCGUAAACUCUACGGUCGCCGCUUGGAUUAUGAAGAAAGAAAGAGGAAAAGGGAGGCUCGCGCACCUCAUAAACGAGCGGAGCAAGCCCGUAGUUUGCGCGGUCUCAAGGCUAAGAUGUUCAACAAAGAACGACGUAACGAGAAGAUCCAAAUGAAGAGGAAGAUCAAAGCUCAUGAAGAAAAGAAGAUCAAACAAAAAUCUGACAAACUACCAGAAGGAGCCUUACCUUGGUAUUUGUUGGAUCGCGAUGUGACAGAACGUGCUAAAGUACUGUCAAACAUGAUCAAGCAAAAGCGCAAGGAAAAGGUUGGCAAAUGGGAUGUUCCAAUACCUAAAGUCAGAGCGCAGUCGGAAUCAGAAGUUUUUAAAGUACUAAGAAGCGGCAAAUCGAAGCGAAAGUCUUGGAAGAGAAUGGUGACCAAGGUGACAUUUGUCGGAGAAAAUUUCACGAGGAAACCACCUAAAUUUGAAAGAUUCAUCAGACCAAUGGCAUUGAGAUUCAAAACCGCACAUGUCACUCAUCCAGAAUUGAAAGCAACAUUCUCACUACCGAUCAUUAAUGUCAAGAAAAACCCUAGCUCGCCUAUGUACACAAGUUUGGGUGUCAUUACCAAGGGUACUAUUAUUGAAGUAAAUAUCUCGGAACUGGGUCUUGUAACACAAACAGGCAAAGUUGUAUGGGGCAAAUAUGCACAAGUUACCAAUAAUCCCGAAAAUGAUGGAUGUAUUAAUGCAGUUUUGCUUGUAUAGACCAUUACAAAUGUACAAUUAUUUGUAAAAUUCAGAUUCUAAAUUAUUCAUGUAUUGACAGUUUCUUAAAUAUAAAAAUAUCCAAAGAAAUAUCUUUCAUUAUGGAAUUACCCACCAUUUCCCAUAUU